AUGCCACUCAGUCUCGGCUUCACUGCGGACGCAGCCGCAGCUCAUCGCCACGAAUACUCCAAGACAAACCCGGCGGCUUGUCCCAUGUUGCAAAUCACGCAGUCUUUGGGCUUCGUGAAGCCGCUCAAAGACGGCGUGACUUCCUACAUCACACCACCACCACCACCCAUCAUCACUUCCAGGCCGAGUCAAACUGAACUAAGCUCAUCGAGCGAAGGGGAAGAAGAAGAUAGAGGAAAUGAGCAGAAAAAAGCAAAGAAAUAUACCAUGUCUCGGCAGGUUCCUAAUCGUCCCAAGACCUUGUACCAGUUUUGUCAUCCCGUCGCAAGUCGGCGGCGACUAAAGUUGCGACCAAAAUUAUUGCUUCAGCUACAUGAGAGCAAUCCGUCUUCUCGACCAUUUCCGAAAUACGAUGUUCUUCCACCUGAUAUGACGACAAAGCUAGUUUGUAGGCUUUCGAAACCACUCGGCAAUGUACGCGCUUUUGGGUCGAAGGAUUUGGUUAUUGUGACUAGUGAUAUGUAUGAGCAGGUGUCUACGAGCGAUGACCGCAGCGUUUCCUCGGACGAAGCUUGCGCUGAGCAGCGAGAAGUAGUAGCGACGAUCUGCCAAACUGGGUCAGCUGAGGAUUUUCCGCGUGGAUCGAAAGUCGAGCUUGCUCUGAGUUCGGGGGCAUGCUGGGAGGGUACUGCAAUGCCGAACGGCUCCUAUGAGCUUGUAUCCAAGAGCGGGAUUGCAGAUUCGAAGAAAAUACGAUGGGUGGCACGAGACAAGAAACCUAGACAAGGGUCAGGUUUGUCGGGUUCGACCGUGUCAGCAUCAUCUACCCCUGGCCGAUUUACUUUUAGCGUUAUUAAUCCCAACUCGCGUCGACAUCCCGUGAUUGCAUCCAUGACUCGAAAGGGGUUGACUGUGUUCGACCAAUACUCUUAUCCAAUCCAGCACGAUGAUGAACAGAGCCCUCCAGCAUCGCCCUCGACUGCAUCGACUAGAUCUGCACCUGAAGCAGGUCUCAUUACCACGGAUGAAGAACUGCGACAAUUGAUCGUCAUGACUGGUACAUGGGUUGCUUUUAUGGAGGGCUGGUCCACCAAGUCGCCUGUAAAUGGAGACGCAAGUCGCACCGACUCACCAUUGUCACCGCGAAUCCGAUCAUCGACCUAUCUCAGCGUCGAAGGGGAAUCGUCAAUAGAUAGAUCGCUGGGCGGCCCAUCGACACCGACAAUCUCCCGCAUGAACUCGUUUAGCCGAAAGAAAAUGAUCAAUCGGCGCAGCACGCAUUCCGAUGUCAGUCGCGAAAGACUCUCGGAGCACGACGCAUCAAGCGAUAAUCGGCGACGCAGCAAAAGUCUGACGACUGCGGAUCGCGGUGAGCGUUGGACGGAUGUCGAGGUCGAUAAAGCGAUAGAGAGCGGUCAACGUCUUUCAGUGGAUCCUGGACGACGAGAAGUGGACCACGCGGACGAAGAAGACUCAAAAGCAAAGACGAAGAAAUGGCGCCGGUUGUCAUCUAUGUUUGGACGGAAAAAGCAUUAG